AACUGAUUGAGGUCGAGGGCAAACGCCAAAAAACCCACCUUUGCCAUAGUUGCACCUGAAUAGCACUCAUUUCCAAGCAGAAUGCGGGAUGCCCCUGUAACAGAUCCGGAACCCAGCAGCACCGAAGGAAAUUGUUCGGUUGAUAACGAGAAUAAUGAUCAGGAGCCUGUUGAAGCUGAGCGGGAGGCAGAAGCCAAUGACGCCAGUUGCACAUUAUGUGGGGCCGCCAAGGUCUCGGCUCUUUUGGAUCUGCGCUCCAAUCACGUGAUGCAGCGCCGGCUGAGUCGCGACUGGAAGAUCCAUUCCGAUGUUAUUCGAUCCACUUUGAAGGCCAUUUGUGUGGAGUGCGUUUGCAAGUUAAACAUGCACUCGGAAGUCACUCGAUCCUUGAUGCAACGCAUGCAACGAUUGCAGCGUUCCGGGGGAGAAAUUACCACAGUGACCACUACCACAACUUCACCAACCCAACAUAGUCCACCUAUUGCUGAUGCAGAAGUGUCAACUACACUGAUAGAGAGCCAAGAGGAGGUACCACAAAAAAGGCCGAGUAUUCGUAGCUCACGUUCGUCUUGUUCUGUGCUGGAAGUCUACCUUGCUCAGCAGCCCUUUUCCCCGUCGGCUAAGGAGUCUGAGGAGAAGCAUACGGAAGGUUGGAAGUGGCGAACACGGCUAGAGUGUCACGAAUGUGGACGUGCUUAUUUCCGGCGGGACUAUUACGCCCAGCACUUGCGCCGCUGCUCUAAAAUUCGACGAUCACAAACCCGUCCGCCGCGCGCCAAGUGCCGGGUGCUGAACGAGGCCAGUUGUGAUGAGGAGACGUCUUCCGGAGUCAACCGCUCGUCGCGCACUUACUACUGCCGACACUGCGACGAAGAGUUUGACUCAAUGGUUGGAAAGCGACACCAUGAACGGUCCAAGCAUCAGCAGCGGUAUCCCUGCGAUCUUUGCGAUGCCCAGUUACACACCAAGUACGAAUGGGACCUACAUCAUGCAAUCUGCCAGGCCAAGCAGGAGGCCUUAAUACUUCUACAACAGGCGGAAACAGGGCAGACCGUUCAGCCUUCCCGGACCCCAAAGGCUCGUUCCACACGGUCUCGUUCACGGGCCUGCUCAGAAGCCUGGGAUAAGUACAAUAUGGAUGAUCAGGACGAUGAAAUCGAAGAGAACGAAAGCGAUGAAGAGGAGCGUGAAGAGGGCGACGAUGACCAGGAGGACGCUAUGUACACACGCCGCAUGAAUUUCACCGGUGACUGGAUCGUAAACCACAGCCGCAGCAAUAGCAACAGUGCUGGAAAUCUCCCACUUCUGUACGAUGACUACGGACUGGUUGAAACGCAUAUGACCACCGACAAGGAGUACGACCUUUACCUACUCGAUCUGCUGAAGACCCAGGUUCGUUUAAAAUCUUUUACGUGCUUUACUCCAGCCUGUGGGUAUCAGACGGACACCCUAGUGGCUCUAAUGAAGCACGAUUACAUGGAGCACUGGAAGAUGAGCUGGUUCUACUGCCACAAGUGCGGAGAUGUCUUUACAAGCAAGGUCUUUUUGGACUACCAUUUGCACCUACAGAACCGCGGCUUCUACGUCUGCCACAAGUGCCGCGAAGAGUUCGAAUUGCAGCAUCAGCUGGACCGCCACUUCCAGCUCCAUAAGAAGGGUAUAAACUAUCACUGCAACUUCUGUCGGCUGGAGUUUCUCAGCGAGGCCAAGCUGCUGGCACACUGCAAACUCCGGGGACACAGUCCUAACGAUGAGCCCUUGAUUAGUAUCGAUCGGUCGCUUUCAAUCGUCAACUGCCAUGGGUCUCAGUCAGCGGAUCAUUCUCGUAUAUCGAAGACGUAUGAGGAGCGGGAGUUUUAUAUCCCAAGGAUUAAGGUGCCAUCGCUGAAGCCCAUGCACUUGCCGCAACAUAAACCUUUCCGUUUCGCCAUUGGCAUUUGCGAUUUCGAUGAGCGGAAUCCGAAUUGCGUCGGUUGUCACUGAAUUCAUGAUAUACUAUCUGACAUUGCAAUCUUAAUGAAUAGGCCAUUUUAUUAGGAACUACAUUAGUAAAAUUUAAAAAUAUAUUUUUCUAUAAUAAAAAUUGUGUUGUCAGAGAAACUCAGAUUGGUUAUUUGAUACUUCAGUCAGUUUAUUUCGCGUUCUUUCGCUGAUCUUUACAUGAUGAAAGUUGGGUGUUUAGGGAUAAUUUAAAUUGCAGCACAAUUUGGAAUACUUAAAACUAGAUCUAGAAUUCGCAUGUGUAUGUGUGGACUAUGAUGCUAUGUACAGAGUUACUCGUAUAACAAUUUAACAUUAUCGACCGUACGACUAUAUAGUUAUAUAAGUGUAGGUGUUUAUAAUUAAAGAGCCUAUUGCAUUGCCCCCAGCGCA